GUGUCGGUUCGCUAUGGCCCGUACAAAGCAGACUGCCCGCAAGUCGACCGGUGGCAAGGCCCCGCGAAAGCAGCUGGCCACCAAGGCGGCCCGCAAGAGCGCGCCGGCCACCGGCGGCGUCAAGAAGCCGCACCGCUACCGGCCGGGCACCGUGGCCCUGCGGGAGAUCCGGCGCUACCAGAAGUCGACCGAGCUGCUGAUCCGCAAGCUGCCCUUCCAGCGGCUGGUGCGCGAGAUCGCGCAGGACUUUAAGACCGAUCUGCGCUUCCAGAGCUCGGCCGUGAUGGCGCUGCAGGAGGCGAGCGAGGCCUAUCUGGUGGGGCUGUUUGAAGACACGAACCUGUGCGCUAUCCACGCCAAGCGCGUGACCAUCAUGCCCAAAGACAUCCAGCUGGCCCGCCGCAUCCGCGGGGAGCGGGCUUAAGAAGUGUGCGCUCGGCUCGAGGUUCCAUCAUAUCCAAAGGCUCUUUUCAG